CGUACUCUCUUUCAUAUAAUUAUCAUUUGAACUCUCUCGUCUCUUUUAUCAAAAAGAAAAAAGAAAAAAAGAAAAGUUUCUUUAGUCUAGUAUUGUAUUCCUUCACUUGAGAUUGGUGAUUUUAACUCUCUUUCUUUUUCUCUAUUUCCUGCUAGGGUUUUGGUAGUUUUAGACAUCAAUGACCUAUAAUAACGUUUUCUUCUUCUAAUCCCGUGUUUGCGAAUACAGAAUUGAGUUUCAUCAUCGUUGAGUUUGCUGAUUCUGCUUCUGCACAAUGACUGAUGUGUUCCACGAAUACGAGCAGCAAUAUUGCAUGCUCUGGGAAAAUCUUAUAGAGAAGGUUUCCUCAGCGUUUGUGCUUUAUGGAGAAAAAAAGAAGGAGAAGCUCUCUGAAAUAACAUCUGAUCUUGGAAGUGCAGAGAAAUUGAUCUGGAAAAUGGAUCUUGUAGCACGUAGCCUUGCAGCAAAUGUUAAAUCCAUCCUCCUUGUCAAGUUAAGGGAAGCCAUUUCUAAACUGAAAAGUCUUAAACGUGAAAUCAAGAAAAUCACAUAUGAAAACGUGGACGCUUCUACUGCCUUGCUUAGACCUGUUAUGGCUGACACAAAGGCGGCUUCAGCUGAUCAAAAAUCAAGAUUGAGUGAUUUGACCAAGGAUUUGAGUAGAACAACAGACAAAUUGGAUGACAGUCGAAGAUUAAUGCAUGACACAGAAGAAUAUGGUGUCUCAAUACUCCAACGCUUGCAAAGUCAAAGACGGUCUUUACAAUGCGCCCAAGAAACGCUUCAUGGAAUAGAUGAUAACGUCAUAGAGAGCGAGGCGAUCUUGGCAUCCAUGAAAGGAACAGACUUGUCUGUGGCCAAUGUUGCUGUGGCCGUUGUUGCUGUGGCCGUUGUUGCUGUGGCCGUUGUUGCUGUGGCCAUUGUCGCUGUCGCCAUUGUCGCUGUCGCCAUUAUCAUUUGAUUCUGAGUUCUUAUUUAAACUUGUUUCAUCCUGACCAAAUGUGUAUCACUGAACAAUUGUUGUGUUCGUUUGUGAAGUUAUGUCUUUUCUCUCUUUUGUAUUCUUAACGUGAAUACGUGUGGAACAAGUAACUCUUAUUGAUUGUUCAUAUAUGAUCCAUGACAAGGUUAGUUUUGGUGCUAGAUUUCAUAUUA